AUGGCUUCCAGAUUAGAGGACGAUUUCUGCUGUCCGAUCUGCCAUGAAAUCUUUAAAGAUCCUGUCCUCCUGUCGUGUAGCCACAGCUUCUGUAAAGAAUGUCUGCAGAGCUGGUGGGAAGAGAAACCAGUCAAAGAGUGUCCAGUUUGUAAAGCAAUAUCUUCAAGGGAAGAACCACCUUUAAACCUGGCGUUAAAGAACCUGUGUGAGAGUUUCUUACUGGAGAGAGAUCAGAGAUCUUCAGAGGCUCUCUGCAGUCUGCACUCUGAGAAACUCAAACUCUUCUGUCUGGACCAUCAGCAGCCGGUGUGUGUCGUCUGUCUGCAUUCAGAAACACACUCCAACCACAGAUUCAGACCCAUUGAUGAAGCUGCACGACAACACAGGAAGGAACUUCAAGAAACUCUGGAGCCCUUAAAGGAGAAGUUACAGGUUUGUGAACGAGUUAAAGUGAAGUUUGAUCAAACAGCAGAACACGUGAAGGUCCAGGCCCGACGCACAGAGAUGCAGAUUAAGGAGCAGUUUAAGAAGCUUCGCUGGUUUCUAGAAGAUGAAGAGGAGACCAGGAUGGCUGCACUGAGGGUGGAAGAGGAGCAGAAGAGUUGGAGGAUGAAGGAGAAGAUGAAGGCUCUGGGCAGAGAGACAGCAGCUCUUUCAGACACAGUCAGAGCCACAGAGGAGGAGCUGAGAGCUGACGACGUCUCAUUCCUGAUCAACUACAAGGAUGCAGUGGAAAGAGCCCAACAGCGCCCCCUGCUGGAUGACCCACAGCUGCUCUCAGGAGCUCUGAUAGAUGAGGCCAAACACCUGGGCAACCUGAGCUUCAACAUCUGGAACAAGAUGAAGGACAUGGUUUCCUACACUCCUGUGGUUCUGGACCCAAACACUGCUGAUCCAGAACUUAUCCUGUCUGAAGAUCUGACCAGUGUGAGGCGAGGAGAAGAAACGCAGGAGCUUCCUGAUAAUCCAGAGAGGUUUGGUGAUUAUUACUGCGCUGUGCUGGGUUCUGAGGGCUUUAAUUCAGGGACUCACAGCUGGGAUGUCGAGGUUGGAGACAGUACAUACUGGGAACUGGGUGUGUUAGCAGAGUCUGUCCAGAUAAAGGGAAACGUAUUGUCUGGAUUAUGGGUCUUACAGUUCGAUGAAGGUAAAUACUCAACAUCGUCUCCACCAGAUCCAGACACUGUUCUCGUUGUGCAGAAGAAGCCCCAGAGGAUCAGAGUGACUCUGGACUGGAACAGAGGAGAGCUGUCGUUCUCUGAUCCUGAUGCUAACACACACAUACACACCUUCAAACACACUUUCACUGAGAGGCUGUUUCCAUUGAUUGACACUGGGGAUGAAGUGAAGGUUUUACCACUGAAGGUCUAUGUGACGGUGGAACAGAAUGAUGAUGAUGAUGAUGAUGAUGAUGAUGAUGAUGAUGAUGAUGAUGAUGAUGAUGAUGAACAUUAAUCGGUUCAGACAAACUGAAUUCUGAGAUGGAAAACAACAGCUUUUUUACUAGGGCUGGUUUAAAAUAAUCAAUUAUCCACUUAAAAUCAAUCUUUGUUUGAGUGAUCUGAUAUUGAUUAAUAAAAACCCUGAAAUCU